CUCUUCCCCAUUCACACCAUCUUUCUUUCUUCACAAUUCCAUUCGACCCUUUCUCUCUCUCUACACUUCAGUCGGAUUCCCCAUUCUGCCCUCAAAACCCUUUCCUCCUCUACCCGUGAAACCAUUCCAUGUUCGGUGCCCUCACUCUGCCGCUGCCGCCCGCCUCCAGUCCCACCGGAGCCUCCUCCUUCCUCUCCUCCGUCUCCCCGAGAGCCUCCUCAACCAUGCGGAUGCCCGUCCGCUGCCACGCGACGUGCCACGCGCCGCCUCUAGCCGAGAUCAGCCUGCCAGCCGCGGCUCGCAGGCGGCCGGCGAGCCUGUACGAGGUGCUGCAGGUAAAGCGGACGGCAACCACGACGGAGAUCAAGACGGCCUACCGGGCGCUCGCGAAGCUGUACCACCCCGAUGCGUUGAGCCAGACGGAAUACGACGACGGCAGGGACUUCAUCGAGAUCCACAGCGCGUACGAGACCCUGUCCGAUCCGGCGGCCAGGGCGCUGUACGAUCUGUCGCUGGGGCGAGCGCACCUGAGUCCCGGGGGCAGGGCCGGGUUCUACCCGUCCCGGAGAUGGGAGACCGAUCAAUGCUGGUAGUAGAUUAGUUGAUUUUCCGAUCUUUUUUCUUAUUAUUUUUUGUUUAUAAUUUCCUUUCCAUUUUUAAUGAAUGAUGAAAUUUUCAUUAAAUUGGGGGGGGGGGGGGGGGGGGGGGGGGGGUUGGGGCGGAAGGUAUCAUAUAGCGUCCGGCGCAUGUUCCACCAUACGGGCAAAGGCAGUUCAAUGCAGUAGGCAGAGCUUUGUAAAUUCUUCUUCUUCUUCUAUUAUUAUUAAUUAUUAUUUUCCUUCCCCUCAUUAUCGAGGAAAUUGUAAUUUUUCAGCCUUUGUUAAUAGAAAAUCUCUUCGCGGCCAAGUGUAUAUUAA